AUGGCAUAAAAACUUUUUUUCUUUUUUCAUCAUAAAUAGAUAGUUGAAGCCCAAAGGGAAGAUCGCAGCGUUAACCGGAGAGAAACAAAGCAGCGGGAAUUAAAGAUGAGCCAGCAACGACAUGAACAGACCGGCCCUCACUGGAGGGGUGAUCAUCAGGCUGUAAUUGAUGAAGAAGAGAAUCUUAACGUUGCUCACUUCCCUGCAAGAGCUUUGGACAUAACGUGGGGCAAUGACACAAGGUUCUGGCAGUGGGUGGACCUAAAAGAAGAUAAACCAAGUAUAAAGUUUACGGAGGGUGCAGAGCUCAUUCAGGUGAACUGGAUUGAAGCCAAGGGGACCUUAGCCGCAGAGAAACUCUCUCUUUCAACAACAUAUGAAGUCCUUUAUACAAUCAAGUUUAAGGAUGAUGCUUUUGGGUGGCACUCAUCCCACAUCACAUUUCAAGUGACCCCCCCACACGGGCAAAAGAGCAAGAGAACUUUAGUCCUGGAGCCUUACAGAAAAGACUGCAACAAAUGGCAUGAGAUCCAUGCUGGGGAGUUCAGCUUGGCUUCUCACACUGGGGAAGUGGCGUUUAGCAUGUAUGGGGAUGAUAGUGAGUGGUGGAAGGGGGGGAUGAUUCUCGGAGGUGUUACAAUCAAGCCUAAAUUGGCCCAGGAGCAUUCAUCAGAUAAAAGUUAAUGAGUUCAGAUCCUCUAGCAUGGGUGGUACAUGCUAUACACUAGGCAUGUUGCAUGUCAUACACUGCCCCUCUUUGAUAGCCACCGUCCAUCUCCGUGAUUCAAUGAUGUGGCAGCCAUCUAGGACUGCACCACUUUUCGUGGUGCAAAAUAUGCACUGCAAAGUAUCCUGGGUGAAAGUUAAUAGAUAUAAACUAAGAGAUUAAAUCUCAGCGCCUUGAUAGUGCUAAGCAAUAUAUUGCUGUUAUAAUCCUAUCUGGUUACUUUUAUUUGUAAUAUUGUUGCCACCCAACUAUUAUAAUCCGAUAUGGUUACUUUUGUGUGCAUUGGAUUGACA